GCCUCCUGUCCUGGCAGUAGCGGCUGUGAGAAGCUGCUUCCUGGUGAAAGAUGGCGGCCGCCGCAGCAAUAGUCACUUGUUAGGCAUCUGGAAGGAAGAGCCGCUGUAUAGCACGAUUCUAAAGCUGGGUGCACACUAGAUGAUAUGCUCCAUGAGCGAUAUCGUCCGUGGUUUCCCUUGAACUCCUGGGCAAAAGAGGCUCUCCCUCACAACCAGCACAAACUCCACCUGUUGAAAAGAAAAGUCACUGGGUUCCAUUGUAAUAAUCUAAAAUUGUUCACAUUAUUUCAAGCUUUUGGCCGGCAAAAAUACAUAGUUCACGGUUUGUAUACCAGUUUCUUCAAUUCAUUAUUCUUAGUAGAGCAGUCCCACCACAAAGCUGGAUAGCCCUACAGAAGAAACAUGCAGCAUGGACACUUCAGAGCCUGCAGAUGAUGGCGAACGAGCGCUGGAACAAAGGCCCCAUACACGUUCCAACCCAGAGGGUGCUGAGGACAGAGGAGCACCACCACAACCUGGAGUGGGGAGCCGAAGUGAGGGGGAGGGGGAGGCUGCCCAGUCAGAGGAUCCAUCCCCCUCAAUUACAGUUCCCACAAGUUGUGUUCUGCCUCCACCAGUGGAAUUCCAAGUGAAAACGCCAAGGGUCAACUGCCCUGAAAAAGUGAUCAUUUGCCUGGACUUGUCAGAAGAAAUGUCUUCUCAAAAAUUGGAAUCGCUUAAUGGAUCCAAAGCUAAUGCCCUCAAUUCUUCACAGAAAAUGAUUGAGAUGUUUGUCCGAACCAAGCACAAGAUAGACAAGAGACAUGAAUUUGCACUAGUGGUCGCAAAUAAUGAGGCUAUGUGGCUCUCUGGAUUUACUUCAGACCCCCGAGAAGUUUGCAGUUGUCUUUAUGAUCUGGAGACCAACGUCUGUGAGUCCUUCAAUCUUGAAGGCCUCUUUAACCUAAUACAGCAGAGAACAGAGUUUCCAGUUACAGAUAACGUGCAGACUGUUCCUCCUCCUUAUGUAGUGAGAAUUAUUCUGAUCUACAGCCGUUCUGCCUCUCAGCCUUCACUGACUCUCACAGAAACCAUGAAGAAAAUGCUGCAGUGCCCUUAUUUUUUCUUUGACGUUGUCUAUAUCCACAAUGGGUCUGAUGAGGAAGACGUAAGCUGGAAGGAUGUGUUUGGGUUCUUCAGCAGUUUGGACACUAAAGGCACCAGUUACAAAUAUGAGGUGUCAAUAACAGGACCUGCUCUGGAGCUUCACAACUGUAUGGCCAGACUCCUUGCCCACCCCCUUCAGCGCCCAUUUCAGAGUCACGCUUCCUACAGUCUCCUAGAAGAAGAGGAGGAGAGUGCAGAGAGUGAAGUGACUGUGUGAAAGUGUGUAGUGUGUAUCACAAGCUAUUGUACCACCUUGUCGCUUUCAGGUUAAUAAAAUAACAUUUUUUAAUAUAA